AGUCCUCCCUCUUGCGACCUGGUCUCCGCGGGGCAGCUCGCUGAAGUGGCCAGUGCGUGAAACGAGAGGGAGGGCACAGCUCCAGCGUGCGAGGCAGCGCGGCUCCCAGACAACACCCCACUCAGCUAAGGCGGUCACCACCGCCGCAGGAAAGUGCCCCAGCUCGGGGCUUGCGGGGUUGGGGGCGGGAAUGCAAGACCAGGGCUCCUCGCGGACCUCCAAUCUUUGGCAUCCGCCGCUGGGAAACUCUUGCGGGCGGGGUCUGCAGAUCCUGGAGCGCCCGGGUUAGGAGACGCUCAGCCCCGAGCGACUGGGGUAAGCGACUCUGCCCCUCCACCCCCCAACUUGGUCUGGAGCAAUACUUCGCUCUCAUCUAAUUUGACAUCUCCAGAGAGCAGCGGCCGCAGCCUAGAGGAGCUGGGCUGGGUGGGAUAGUCCUUAGCAACCGAGGGCCAGGACGGGGCGUGGAACUGAGCGACCUGAGACGCGGCUGCAGCGCCAGGCGCACUGGAAGUGCAGGGGACUCGCCCGCCUUCUUUGGCUGCCGCGCCCGUGCCCUCCGGUUUCAGGUAGAAACCUGGCGCAGGAGCAAUUGAGGAACCCACGGAACUGACUAGCACGGAGAGACAAACCUGUGGUCUCCAUGGUCCUUCCGCCCUCUGCUCUCUCUGUCGUCCGCUCCAUGCCUAAGAGCUGCGCUCCGGAGCUGGGGCGAGGAGAGCCAUGGAGGAACCCAGUGCUCCGUGCGCCCCACCGCUCGCGGGCUCCCAGAUCGCAGUUCCUCAAGCCAACCUCUCCGCGGCUCACUCCCACAACUGCAGCGCCGAGGGCUACAUUUACCAGGACUCCAUCGCCCUGCCCUGGAAAGUCCUGCUGGUUUUGCUGCUGGCGCUCUUCACCUUGGCCACCACGCUCUCCAACGCCUUUGUGGUCGCCACCGUGUACCGCACCCGGAAGCUGCACACCCCGGCUAAUUACCUGAUCGCCUCCCUGGCGGUCACCGACUUGCUCGUGUCCAUCCUGGUGAUGCCCAUCAGCACCAUGUACACGGUCACCGGCCGCUGGACUCUGGGCCAGGUGAUUUGCGACCUCUGGCUGUCGUCGGAUAUCACCUGUUGCACCGCUUCCAUCAUGCACCUGUGUGUCAUCGCCCUGGACCGCUACUGGGCCAUCACGGAUGCUGUGGAGUACUCGGCUAAACGGACUCCCAAGAGGGCGGCGAUCAUGAUCGCGCUGGUGUGGGUGUUCUCCAUCUGUAUCUCGCUGCCGCCCUUCUUCUGGCGUCAGGCCAAGGCCGAGGAAGAGGUGUCCGAGUGUUUGGUGAACACCGAUCACGUUCUCUACACUGUCUACUCCACGGUGGGCGCUUUCUAUUUACCCACCCUGCUCCUCAUCGCCCUCUAUGGUCGAAUCUACGUGGAAGCCCGCUCCCGGAUUUUGAAACAGACGCCCAACAGGACCGGCAAGCGCCUGACCAGAGCCCAGCUGAUAACUGAUUCCCCUGGGUCCACGACCUCCGUCACUUCAAUUAACUCGCGGGCGCCCGACGUGCCCAGCGAAUCCGGCUCUCCUGUGUAUGUAAACCAAGUCAAAGUGCGAGUCUCCGAUGCCCUGCUGGAAAAGAAGAAACUCAUGGCCGCUAGGGAGCGCAAAGCCACCAAGACCCUGGGGAUCAUUCUGGGUGUGUUUAUUGUGUGUUGGCUGCCCUUCUUCAUCAUCUCCUUGGUGAUGCCUAUCUGCAAGGAUGCUUGCUGGUUCCACCAGGCCAUCUUUGACUUUUUCACGUGGCUGGGCUAUGUCAAUUCGCUCAUCAACCCCAUCAUCUAUACCAUGUCCAAUGAGGACUUUAAACAAGCGUUCCAUAAAUUGAUACGCUUUAAGUGCACAAGCUGACUUGACAGUUGUAAUGGGGUCGCCUAAGCGACCUUUGGGGGACCAAGUUCGGUCUGGUUCCACAGGUAGGUCGAAUCUUCUUUCGCUGUUACUGGGUCCGAGCAAGGCGUCUUCUCCUGGGCAAGGGCAAUGGAUCCUGAGAAGCCAGGAUAGCCCAGCCCCAGAGCGCUGAAAGGAGAACUUUUCAAAGGAAAUGUAGAGCUUCCUCCUCUCAAACAAUGGGCUCAGCCAGAUCCUGCGGCAGCCAAUCACAGAGGGGGUUGCAACUUUUAAACAUUGGUGAUGUAAAAGGGGUCCCUGCCCUGCUUUGAUAUCCUGGAUGGUGCCCUCUAGAAUUCAGUGGUACUUGUAGUUGUUCUUUGAAGCUCGAGACAGAUCUUCAUACAGCCUGGCAGUACUUGAACUAGACGCUUAAUACCCUGUGUUUUGGGGAAAACUCCGUGUCACAGCUUAAUUUAAGAACAGUUGCUUUGACAUCCUCCAGUCUUCAGUUUUUGCUUCUUUAAACUUGGUUGGAGAAACUUGUGGAUUUGGUGCUUCAAACCCUAUGUAUGGCUUGGUUGGCACAGAGGAACCUCCUGGAAGAGUUAACAACAAAAUUCCAAUGCUAAGAUCUCUAUUUUUAUUAUAA